AUGAAAGAUAGACUUGAAGAAUUGCGAGAAAAUGUUGAAAAGUAUGAUAAUGAUGAAGAUCUUAACAUUGCGAAACAUUUUGCUGUGAUUGAUAUGGAUGGUGAAUCUAUGAAUGAUGUUUUUUAUAAAGUUAAUUUUCUUGGAAAUGCUAUUGAUAAAUUAGCUGAACUUAUUAAUAUUAUUCAAUCUUUACAAAAUGCUAUGUUAGCACCAUUACCAGAUAUACAAAGUAGAAAUAAACUUGAAGAAAAAAUUCUGGAAAUUCGACAAUUAGGAAACACUAUACGAAAAAAUUUAAACGAAAUGAGAAAAAUGCAAGGAAUGGAUACUAAUACUGAUGAAAAGAAUGCUCGUCAACGUAUUAUUGAAAUUCAUACAGAUAUUCUAACUGAACGAUUUUGUGAUGAAAUGAAUAAAUAUUAUAAAUCAGUUGUUACUUAUCAAGAACAAUGUCGAACAAGAAUUGCACGUCAAAUGCAAAUUGCUGGAUUUGAAAAUACUGAUGACGAAAUAGAUAAACUUCUCGAAAAUGGACAUUCAUUUUUGUAUCCAGAAAUUAGAGUUCAAUUAGAAAAAGAAAAACAAACAUUAUAUGAUAUGGAAGCACGUCAUUUAGAUAUUAUGAAAUGUGAAGAUAGUAUUCGAGAAUUACAUGCUUUAUUUAUUGAUUUAGCUGAUUUAAUUAAUAGACAAGGAGCAGAUAUUUCAUCUAUUGCAGACCAUGUUAAAAACGCUGAUGAAUAUUUAGAAACUAUUCCACAUAUUUUGCCGUCGAAAAAAUCAAAUCGAUCUGCUAAAAAAGUGAGUAAAACUAAAUAUUUUAAGAUAUGUUGUAUUAUUAUCUAUAUGUUAUUUAGAUAAAAAUAUGUCUAAUUAUGACUUU